AUGAAUUCAAAGGCUCUUUCAUUCCAAAAUAAUAUGCGAACUCUUCUUCCUGUUCCGAUCAAUAGUGAUAAUAACAGUGACAAUAGCAGUGUUAAUUUACAAAAUUUCACACUUCAAAGAUCUAAUAUUAUUAGUGGUACAAAUAGUAUAUUAAUUAAUAAUUCUCAAAUAAGUAUAAACAAUAUAAUUGUAGAUACUUCUUCGAAUUUAACAGAUACAAGAAAUGUUUUUGAACAUUACAUUGGAAAAAUGGACGUAUGUUGUUGUCAUUGUAAUGCAAAACAUUUUAGUGCUGAAAAAGUUGCGAAUAAAGGUACCUCUUUUAAUGACUGUUGUCAUCAUGGUGAAGUUAAACUUGAUCCUUUACCUACAUUACCUAAAUUUUUGAAAUCUUUGUUUGAAAAUACACAUCCUAAAUCAAAUAACUUUUUUCAAUGUAUCCGUCGUUUUAAUAAUUCUUUUGCUUUUGCUUCAUUUAAUGCUAAUCUUACAGAUUUAUCUUCUCAACGUCAUGGUCCAUAUUGUUUUAAAAUACAAGGACAAAUAUAUUAUCAAAUUAAUACAGCACUUUAUUCGAUGCCAAAUGAAAAUCCAAGUUUUGGACAGUUAUUUUUUAUCGAUGCUCAAGAAGCGUUUGAAAUUCGGACGAAAAAUAAUAUAGAGUGUGAUAAAGAAAUUUUGAAAGAACUUGAUACUUUCAUGAGACAACAUAACGUAUUUGCUGAUUCUUAUCAAAUGAUAGCGAAAGAACUCGAUAAGCAACGUUUAAAUAGUAAUAAUAGUGAGGAUGAUCCUGAAUUGCAUUUAAUUUUUACAUUAAAACCAGGUGUUGAUAGAAGAAGAUUCAAUUUUCAACAAGAAAAUGAAGUUGCUGCUGUGUUUUCGACUAAUGUUGAUGGUGAAAUUCCAGAAUCAUAUGUUUCAGUAAUUAAUAAAAAUACGAAAUCUCUCCAAUAUGUAAGUACAAUGGAUCCUAAUGUUGAGCCGUGGAUUUAUCCAUUAUUUUACCCGUUUGGCACAAGAGGAUGGCAUCAAAAUAUAUCUUAUGUUCAUAAGCAAAAUAAAAAAGUCACUCGUAACGAUUAUCAUAAGUAUAGAAUAGCAAUUAGAGAUGAAUUCAAUGUGCUUUUAAUGGGACGUCGGUUAUUUCAACAAUGGGUUGUUGAUAGUUAUGUAAAAGUUGAAAAAGAUAGAUUAAAUUUUUUCAGAUUUAAUCAAAAACAAUUACGCGCUGAAUCAUAUGAAGGAUUAGUCGACUAUUUAAAUAAAUAUUGUAAUGGUAACAAUAAUCAUGACAAUGCUCACAAUAGUAAUAACAUUGGAAAAAUAGUAAUUCUUCCUUCAUCAUUCAAUGGAUCCCCUCGUAAUAUGUUACAACAUUACCAAGAUUCAAUGGCAAUAGUAAGAAAAUUUGGUAAGCCUGACAUAUUUUUGACCAUGACUUGUAAUCCAAACUGGCUUGAAAUUAAAGAAAAUUUGUUUUCUAAACAAACUGCUGCAGAUAGACCGGAUAUAGUAACGCGUGUAUUUAAUAUUAAAAAAAAUGCUCUCAUUAAUAUGAUUGUUAAAGAACAUCAUUUUGGAGAAGUUUUAGCUUACGUAUAUGUAAUUGAAUUUCAAAAACGUGGAUUGCCACAUAUGCAUAUGUUAAUCACAUUAAAAGAAGGACAUAAAAUAACAACUACUCAAAUGGUUGAUAAAUAUAUUUGUGCUGAAAUACCAAAUGAAACUGACGAUCCUAUAUUAUAUGAUAUAAUAACUAAAAAUAUGUUUCAUGGACCAUGCGGAAAUUGGUGUACAGUGAAUGGAAAAUGUUCGAAACACUACCCAAAGAAAUUCCAGCAAGAAACAACUAUGGAUGAAAAUUGUUAUCCUCAUUAUCGUCGUCGAGAUUUAGGAAUUAGUUUUAUUCGAUCACCAACAUGUACCUUUACAAAUGAACAUGUAGUACCAUAUAAUAAAGUACUGUCAAAGCGAUUUAAUUCACAUAUUAAUGUAGAAAUUGUUUCAUCCAUAAAAUCUGUAAAAUAUUUGUAUAAAUAUGUUUACAAAGGACAUGAUAAAGCAAUGAUAACAAUUAAUGGAAAUAUUUCUGAUUCUGACAAUAAUGUUACUGUCCAGUAUGAUGAAAUUAAUAAUCAUAUGGAAACUCGCUACGUCGGACCAGUUGAAGCUGUAUGGAGAAUAUUAUCAAAACCAUUACAAGAAAAAAGUCAUAGUAUUAUUAGAUUACCAGUUCACCUACCAAAUCAGCAAAAUUUACUGAUCAAUAAUGAUUGUGAUGAAACAGAACUUCGAAACGUUUUAGAGAAACAAACUAUGUUAGUUGAUUUUUUUGCAUUGAAUACACGUGAUCAAGAUGCUAGACAAUAUGUUUAUAUGGAUAUACCCAAUCAUUAUGUAUUCAAAAAACAAAAUGAAACAAAUAUUUUUCAAUGGACACAGCGUCAAAAACAAUUUAAAGUCAUUGGACGUAUGUACUCAGUAAGUCCUUCAAAAGUUGAAUUAUUUCAUUUAAGAUUAUUAUUAACUAAAGUAAGAGGACCGAAAAGUUUCGAAGAUAUUAGGACAGUAAAUGGCCAUACAUAUGACACAUUUAUGGAUACUUGCCUCGCAUUAGGAUUAAUUGCCGAUGAUAAUGAAUGGGAACAUGCACUUCAUGAAGCAAUAAAUUGGAUGAUGCCAUGUCAAUUAAGAUAUCUAUUUGUUCGUAUACUGUUACAUUGUAAUCCAAUGUAUCCUCAUAAACUCUGGGAAAAAUUUAAAGAAUCAAUGUCAGAAGAUUUUACAAGCCGCUUCGGUUCAAUUUUAGGUCAAAAAAAAGCAUACUUACAUAUAAAUUCCAUUCUUUGCGAUGAAGGAAUACAAAUGUCGAAUUUUCCAAGUAUGCCACAAUUAAGAGCUUCAGAGUGUAUGGAUGAUGAGGAAACAACAGAUGAUACUGAUAAUCGUGGAACUCAACAGUAUCAAACAUUAAAUGAACAACAGAAAGAAAUUGUAGAUUACGUAUUAAAUUUAUGUAAUAUAAUUAAUAGUAAUGUAGCAAAUUGUAUUUAUAUAGAUGGCCCUGGUGGAUCUGGUAAAACAUUUAUUUAUACAACGUUAUGGUAUUUAUUAAAAAUUAGAAAAAAAAAUAUAUGUACAAUGGCUUACACAGGAAUCGCUGCAACAUUACUUCCAAAUGGAAAAACUUUACAUAAAGCUUUUGGAUUGCCUGUACCUCUUUUUGCCGAUUCAUCAUCGAACAUUAAAUAUACUUCAAAACAAGGGGAAUAUCUCAAAAACAUUGAUGUUUUUAUAUGGGAUGAAGCACCAAUGGCACCAAGAUAUGCUUUAGAAGUAAUAGAUAGAACUUUACGUGAUAUGAUGAAUAAUGAAGUACCAUUCGGAGGAAAGAUAAUGAUUUUAGGAGGUGAUUUUAGACAAUUAUUACCUGUAAAAAAAAAUUCAAUUCGAUCAGAAAUAAUAACUUUAUCGAUCAAGUAUAGCCAUCUUUGGACACAUUUUCAUCAAUUUACAUUGACUCAAAAUAUGCGUACAUUACCUUCAGAAAUAGAAUUCACUAAAUUUUUAUUAGAUGUUGGUAAUGGUACUUUAAAUGAUACUAAUGAUAACUUAAUUUUACCAGAUCAAUGUCAUGUAUUUAAAAUUGAAGGAAUGAUUCAGAAUGUAUUUGAAAGGUUAAUAAUUCAACGUGAAUUUGAUAAAUUAUGUAAAUGUGCAAUACUGUCAGCAAGAAAUGUAGAUUGUAAAAUAUUAAAUGGCGACAAAUCGGGCGAAACAGUAUUUAUCAGUCGGAUAACAUUAUAUUGUGAAAAUAUUUAUCCAUUUACGUUCAAAAGACGACAAUUUCCAAUUACGUUGGCAUUUGCAACGACUAUCAAUAAGGCACAAGGACAAACAUUCGAUAUAAUUGGGAUUGAUCUUACCAAAGAUAUUUUCAGCCAUGGUCAAUUGUAUGUAGCAUUUUCAAGAGUUCGAUCUUGGGGAAGUUUACAAGUAUAUGUCAAUAAUGAUAAAACAGACAGAAUGAUUAAGAAUUAUGUAUAUAAAGAGUUAUACUCCUAA